CCCUGGAAAUUGGCGACGGUGGCAGCCACCUUCGGCGCGCGCCCUCCUUCUCUCGACCAUCCUCCGCGAGCGGCCGGAAACGCCGUCCGCGGCUAUCAGGCUCGGAGCGCGAACUUGAGUGCUAUCUGAGCCAAGUGCACGGGACGCUUCGGGGAAUACGAGGCGCACUCGCGCGCACGCUUGUGUCACGGAAAUUCUUGCGGAAAUCUGCGAUAUGGAUCCUGCGAGCCUGCAGAGGUGGUUCCAGACGACGCUAUGAGUCACGAUCUAACGACCACCUUGAGAAGCGAGCUGGCGGCCCUCGAGUACAAACGGGACAGGCUUAUGUCUGAGCUGCAGGAAAUGAAAAGCGCCGUGAGAUCGCGGGACCAGAGGGUCGUGGAGCUACAGGUAGAGGCGGAUCAGCUUCGCGAGCAAGCAGCCAGGCAGAAUGCCAUCGUCUCCAGUCUCAAGAAGCGCAUUCAGGAGUUGGAAGAGAGGGAGAGAAACCUCUAUGCGUCCCAGGGCAGGAAUGAGAUCACGAUACAGGGUCUGCAGCGUGACGUAAAAUACCACGAGGAUAAGGUCAGAGAAUACGACAAGAAAAUUCGACAAUUGGAGCACAAUAUGUCCGAGGAGAUUCAAUUGAAGGAACGGGCACGCCUGAAUCUGCAGGAUUUUGUGCGAAGGUUGGCACAUGCGUUGAAUGUCGAGUAUUGCGAGACGGCGCAUCACAGCUCGGAGAUGGUGAUUCACAAAGCCGAGGAACUUGUGCAAGAAGUGAACCGCUUGCGGACCAAGAGCACAAACGUCGAGACGCAAUUGACGGGCGUCGAGGUGGAUUUCAGAACCUGCAGGGACGCUUUUGAUCGCGCCACUACAGAAAAAGAGCAGUUACAAAGACAAGUGUCCGUACAGCUAGUAGACAUAGAUCGUUUGCGUCAGGAGAAGGAGUGUCUGGAGAUGCAAUGUAGAGUCGCAGAGAAGGACAUGAACGACUUGAGAGACAAGCUCGUCAAUGCGAAUAGAAGCUUAACCAGUGCGACAGGGAACAUAUCUAAUCAGGAGGCGUUGAUCUGCCAAUUACGAGAGGACAUGAAAGCCCGCGAGGAGAAGACGCAACGCGUACAAAACGAGUUCCGCCACCUUUUAGAGUCGGUUGCGAUCCUCGUCAGUACACCAAGCCGAUUCGUCGAGUCCCACGAGAACGCGAUCAAGGAUCGCAUUCGAGAAAUUCUGGCAGACAACAAAGAUCAGUCGCUGAAAAUACAAAGUCUUCGGGAAAAGGUGAACACAGCGACGGAGUCGACGAAUCGGCAGAGCGAGUUGGUCGAAGCCACGAUGAUGAAGGUACGCAGUUUAGAGGAGGAACGCGCCGCUCUGGAAGCUAAAAUACACAAACUCGAAUCCGAACUCACGAGCAGCGAUCUCUCCAGAGAGUCUUUACGCAGAGACAAGCAGACGUUCGUGACCUUCCUGGAUCGACUGGGCAAGGCGAUGCAAAUGGACGAAAUCUCUCAAGAGAUCGGACUCGAUCUUCAAACCGAGUCACUGUUGGUGCGGGCCGAGCAGCUGGCCAGAUUGGAGACCGACAAGCUAGUCGACAAGUAUUUGUGCUCCAGCUACACGACCCUACCCAGGAUUCGGCGCGAGCGAUCGUUCCACGAGCUUCUCUGUCUCAAAGAAACUUCCGUGGUCUAUCAGUUGCAACGUCGCGUCCGAACCCUGCGGGAGCAAUUGCAGCGCAGGGACCUGCAUCUGGACCUUCUACGUAGGAAGCUAUCUCUACAGGAGGACAGCGUGCGGAUGAAGUCGCUGUUGCAGAGCGAGCGCGACGAGGCGAACAUACGCGCCAAGAAGCUGGCAAAACAGGUCGAGCGAUUUCAAGUCCAAUUGUCGGAGGAGAAGACGCGGAAUCGGGAAUUGAGCGCACAAUUGACGGAAGCCGCGGAUUACAAAAUAGCUUCGCUGGAACGCAGCCGGAAGAUAGAGGAGCUCCAGAAGCGUCUCGUCGAGAGCGAGAUGUUGAGGACGCGCUACAACAGAAAGCUAACGAUGGCGAAGGAGCAGAUGAGGACGACCGCGGAGACGGCCGAUCAGGAGAGAUCGAUAAACGACCAUUCCCUGCAGCUCCUCCGCGACGAGAUGGCACAGGUCAAGCAAAAUCUCUCCGAGGUCACGAGGAGGGAAUCCCAGCUCCAGAGCUUCCGUGUCUCCGUGGCGAAGUUAUUGUCGGAGCCAAUCUGCACGCCCGAUUACGAGAUUAUUUCGCGGCUGCAGAAAAUGGUCGCGGCUCAUCGAGACUUUACGAUGCUCUCCCGUAGAUACGACGAGCCUUUGGAAACGAGUCCCUCGAGAUGCACCAGCAUCCAUCCGGUCCAUCCGCCGAGAUCGCCCGGUUCACGUUGCACCCGUUACGAGGACAGCGGUUUCGCGGACCCGCCCGAUCUCCAUGACAUCGAUGACGAUUACAACAAGAGGCCAGUGAGGAGCAGCCUUCUUCCGUGACACCGGCCAAAGUUCAAGUUUUAAGCAUCCCCGGUGGACGGUUCACUCCGCGUUCAGUCCACCUCGAGGUCCCCGAACGGGGAUCUCCAAUGUCCGAUCUCACGUAGCUGAAUGACGUUGCGGGUGGGAAAGCUCUUCCUCGCACGUGUGUCGUAAAGCGUUACGUUUAUUUCCGGUAAACGAGCGACUUUUACGAGAUGAAGAGGACCAUUUGCUUAUCGACCAUCGUCGUUUGACGAAAUAGGCAACAGGCACGCCACGAGAUCGCUCGCACGUCGAUCGAGCGUUCACGAUGGCUCGCCCCAGCACCGAUUCCGAUGGAAUGAGCGUUGAAAAAUAUCGAACCAUCGAUCCGUGUUAUUACAAGAGAAGAGGAAAUCAAUUCGACGCGUUCGCAUGAAAUCGCAAUUUCGCGCUAAUUAUUAACUGGCAAGCGUGAGAAAUUCCUAACGGGUCGUGUGGAACCGAUACUGAACGUGCAGAGCAUUGGAUGUCGCGAACGAAAAUCAUCGAAAGUGUUCAGUGAAAAUUAUGCGAACCUGAUCGUUCGCGUAGCUAUAGUUCGAGGUAAUUUAUUUACAAGUCGCAUGGCGCAGACUUUGAUUUAUACACGCGAAUACGAUAGUUAUUAUAUAUAUAUAUAUAGGUAAUGUAUACGUCACUCCCGAAAAAAAUUGCCUGGAUGUGCCACUUAAAGCAAGCAGGAGAGUCAUUAAUAUGUAUUAAGAACCGUAUCGAGUAAGACAAGUCAAGCAUGUAAAGCACGUGCAAAUGAAAUAAUGAAGAAUCAUGUAAAUGAAUGUACGUGAAAGGAUUUUAGUUUAUGAAGAAAGAGGCCAGUUUGAGAAAAAAUGUGGAAAUAAUAUUUGGAAGAAUUCAAGACUGAUUAAUAGGAUCAUUUUUUUUGUGAAGAGUUUACAGUACCUAGUUUUUCUUUCUUUGUCUUACAGAAUAGAAAUGCAUCUUGGAUAAUUGAUUACAUAUGUAUAUAUAAGUGAUUAUACAUGUAUUGUAUGUAUAAAAAAUCUGUG